UCACUUUGCAGCCGUUUUAAAACACACUUUUCUCUUUUCUUCUUGAUUACAGUCAUAUAUUGUCAUUAUGUACGAUCAGGAUGAAGAUCCCAUCGAUGAUGAGGAUGCCGAGGAAAUCUCCUCUGAGCUCUGGCAGGAAGCCUGUUGGAUUGUUAUCAACGCAUAUUUCGACGAGAAAGGUCUCGUGCGGCAGCAACUCGAUUCCUUUGAUGAGUUUAUUCAAAUGUCAGUACAGAGGAUUGUGGAGGAUUCCCCCGCAAUCGACCUCCAAGCAGAAGCACAGCACUCUUCUGGGGAGGUGGAAAACCCACCUCGCUACGUGCUCAAGUUUGAACAGAUUUACCUCUCCAAACCCACCCAUUGGGAAAAAGAUGGUGCCCCGACAGCUAUGAUGCCCAACGAAGCCAGGCUCAGGAACCUCACAUACUCUGCCCCGUUGUACGUGGACAUCACAAAAACGGUACACAAAGAGGGUGAAGAACAGGUUGAAACCCAGCACCAAAAGACGUUCAUUGGCAAAAUUCCAAUCAUGUUGAGAUCGACUUACUGCCUUUUGAACGGGAUGAACGAUCGUGAUUUAUGCGAGCUCAAUGAAUGCCCGCUCGAUCCUGGUGGCUACUUCAUCAUCAACGGUUCGGAAAAAGUGCUGAUUGCCCAAGAGAAGAUGGCCACCAACACUGUUUACGUCUUCAGCAUGAAAGACGGCAAGUUUGCUUACAAGACGGAAAUCCGUUCUUGCCUGGAGCACUCGUCUCGACCGACGUCUACAUUGUACGUCAACAUGUUGGCUCGCGGUGGUCAGGGAAUCAAGAAAUCUGCCAUCGGCCAACGUAUCAUCGCCAUUUUGCCCUACAUCAAACAGGAAAUCCCCAUCAUGAUUGUUUUCCGUGCUUUGGGUUUCGUUGCCGAUCGCGAUAUCCUCGAGCACAUCAUUUACGAUUUCGAAGAUCCCGAAAUGAUGGAAAUGGUGAAACCAUCGCUAGAUGAAGCUUUCGUCAUCCAGGAGCAGAAUGUCGCCCUGAACUUUAUUGGAGCUCGCGGUGCCCGGCCCGGUGUGACGAAAGAGAAACGUAUCAAGUACGCCCGUGAAAUCCUCCAGAAGGAAAUGUUGCCUCACGUCGGCGUCUCUGACUUUUGCGAGACGAAGAAAGCCUAUUUCCUCGGCUACAUGGUUCACCGUCUGCUGCUGGCUGCGUUGGGACGUCGCGAGUUGGACGAUCGAGAUCAUUACGGCAAUAAACGCUUGGAUCUGGCCGGCCCGUUGAUGGCCUUCCUCUUCCGAGCCCUUUUCAAAACUUUGAUGAAAGAAGUUCGAAUGUACGCGCAGAAGUUUAUCGACCGAGGGAAGGAUUUCAACUUGGAGCUGGCCAUCAAGACGCGCAUCAUUACCGACGGCCUUCGUUAUUCGCUGGCCACGGGCAAUUGGGGCGACCAGAAAAAGGCUCAUCAAGCCCGUGCCGGCGUCUCUCAGGUGUUGAAUCGGCUCACGUUCGCUUCUACCUUGUCGCAUUUACGUCGCGUCAAUUCGCCCAUCGGUCGUGACGGCAAACUCGCCAAACCUCGUCAGUUGCACAAUACGCUGUGGGGCAUGGUCUGCCCGGCCGAGACACCCGAAGGAGCCGCCGUCGGCCUGGUGAAGAAUUUGGCUCUGAUGGCCUACAUUUCCGUCGGUUCUCAGCCGUCGCCCAUCCUCGAGUUUUUGGAAGAGUGGUCGAUGGAAAAUUUGGAGGAAAUUGCCCCGUCGGCCAUUGCCGAUGCCACCAAAAUCUUCGUCAACGGCUGUUGGGUUGGCAUCCAUCGAGAUCCGGAGCAGCUGAUGGCCACUCUGCGUAAACUGCGUCGUCAAAUGGACAUUAUCGUCUCUGAAGUGUCGAUGGUGCGCGACAUUCAAGAUCGCGAGAUCCGCAUUUACACUGACGCCGGCCGUAUCUGUCGUCCGCUCCUGAUCGUCGAGAACUGCAAGCUGUUGCUGAAGAAGCGCCACGUCGACAUGUUGAAACAGCGCGAGUACAUUAACUUUAGCUGGCAGGAAUUGGUGGCGACGGGCGUCGUCGAGUACAUCGACACUUUGGAAGAGGAGACGGCCAUGAUUGCCAUGUCGCCCGAAGAUUUACGUCAGGGCAAAGAUGCUUAUUGUACGACGUACACUCAUUGCGAAAUUCAUCCGGCCAUGAUUUUGGGCGUCUGCGCCUCCAUUAUUCCCUUCCCCGAUCACAACCAGUCGCCUCGUAACACUUACCAGAGCGCCAUGGGUAAGCAAGCCAUGGGAGUCUACAUCACUAAUUUCCACGUCCGGAUGGACACGCUGGCCCACGUGCUCCAGUACCCGCAGAAACCUCUGGUCACGACCCGAUCCAUGGAGUACCUUCGCUUCCGAGAGUUGCCGGCCGGCAUCAAUUCUGUUGUGGCCAUUCUCAGUUACACUGGUUACAACCAGGAAGAUUCCGUCAUCAUGAACGCUUCGGCCGUCGACCGCGGCUUCUUCCGCUCCGUCUUUUUCCGAUCUUAUAAAGAUCAGGAGUCGAAACGAUCGGCCGAUCAAGAAGAAACGUUUGAAAAGCCAUUCAGAGAUCAUUGCCAGGGCAUGAGGAACGCUAUUUACGAGAAGCUGGACGAUGACGGCAUCAUCGCUCCGGGACUUCGAGUCUCUGGCGAUGACGUGGUCAUCGGCAAGACGAUCACGUUGCCGGAGAACGACGACGACCUGGAGAGUACGACGAAAAAGUUUUCGAAACGAGACGCCUCGACUUUCCUCCGCCAUUCCGAGACGGGCAUCGUCGACCAAGUGAUGUUGACGUUGAACUCUGAAGGCAACAAGUUUUGCAAGAUCCGCGUCCGCUCGGUGCGCAUCCCGCAGAUCGGCGACAAGUUCGCCUCGCGCCACGGCCAGAAAGGUACGUGCGGGAUCCAGUACCGCCAAGAAGACAUGCCCUUCACCUGCGAGGGUCUGACGCCGGACAUUAUCAUCAACCCGCACGCCAUUCCGUCUCGUAUGACGAUCGGUCACUUGAUUGAAUGCCUCCAGGGCAAAGUCUCGUCGAACAAGGGCGAAAUCGGCGACGCGACUCCGUUCAACGACGCCGUCAACGUCCAGAAGAUUUCGAACCUCUUGCAAGAGUACGGCUACCACCUGAGAGGCAACGAGGUCCUCUACAACGGGCACACGGGCCGCAAGUUGAACGCCCAGGUCUUUCUCGGCCCGACUUAUUACCAGCGUUUGAAGCACAUGGUGGACGACAAGAUUCACUCUCGAGCCCGCGGUCCGGUCCAGAUCCUCGUCCGCCAGCCGAUGGAAGGUCGCGCCCGUGACGGCGGUUUGCGUUUCGGUGAGAUGGAGCGCGAUUGUCAGAUCGCUCACGGUGCGGCCCAGUUUCUGCGCGAGCGUCUCUUUGAAGUCUCUGACCCGUACCGGAUCCACGUCUGCAACCUGUGCGGCAUCAUCGCCGUGGCCAAUUUGCGCAACAACACGUUCGAGUGCAAGGGCUGCAAGAACAAGACGCAAAUAUCCCAAGUGCGGCUUCCUUACGCGGCCAAACUCCUGUUCCAGGAACUGAUGUCGAUGAACAUUGCUCCCCGUUUGAUGGUCACUUGAAUGCCUCAUUAAACCCCUCUUUCUCUCUGGGUACCCUAUGAUUGAUGUAUUUCUCCCUAUCGCCUGUCGGUUUUGAUAAUUAUCGACUCGAAUUUACCGAAUAAAAUCGAUAGAUGCAGUGAAA